AUGGCUACAACCAAAAGGAGCGAGACUGUACUUCACCUUGCUGCUGGACACAUUGACACAGUAAAGUAUCUCAUUAAUGAGUGUCACUGUGAUCCAAUGGCUACUGACAUUAACAAAAAGACAAUUCUUCAUGAAGCAGCUCAUUGGAACUCACCUGAUGUAGUCAAAUAUCUCAUUGAUGAGUGUCACUGUGAUUCAAUGGCUGUUGACAGGGUCAGGUGGACACCUCUUCACACUACUGCCCAUUAUGGUAGUUCUGCAGCUGCUGAAUAUUUACUAUCAACUGGUAAGUGUGACCCAUUAGCUAAAGACAAUUGGGGGAGCACACCAUUUAAACUGGCUAAGGAGAGAGGUAACACCGAUACUCUUUCUGUUUUGAAGAAUCAGUCAUGUUGA